AUGGCCAUUGCAAUUGCAGGCUCAGGGCCUGUCGGGAAAACUAUUAUUGAAGCUUUUCUGGAGAAUUCAAAAUACAAAAGCGAAUUAAUUCUUCUCACGCGUAAAUACCAGGAGACAUCACCUUUAGACCAGAUACAACAAAUUCCUGUCAAUUACAGCGAUGUCGCUGCACUUGCUGCCCAGCUUGAAGAGCAUAACGUGCACACGGUAGUCUGUGCUAUUGGAAUUUUGACCCAAGAGGCAAGCCAAGCACAAAUAAAUCUCAUUCAAGCUGCGGAUCUUUCCACCACCACCAAACGAUUUAUACCCAGUGAAUAUUCAUACAUUCAAUCUGAAGAGAUCCGCCACAUAUCUCCCGAUGCAGUUCAACUCUUUAUUGACGGAACUCGGGCCAUAGAAAGUUCAAACUUACAGUAUACUCGAGUGAUCCCAGGUUUCUUCAUGGACUAUUGGGGUAUGCCAAAUAUUCGUACCAAUAUGGUACCGUUCACUUACGCAAUUGAUAUCCUCAACGCCCGCGCUAUCAUUCCAGGUGAUGGAAACAACGUAAUUACCAUGACAUAUACAUACGAUAUGGCCAGAUUCAUUGUGAAAUUGCUCGAUCUAGAGGAGUGGCCUGAAUUUAGCUUUAUCGGAGGAGACGACAUAACGUUCAAUCAACUGUUGGACAUUGCCCAGGAACUCCGUGGAACUAAGUUCGACGUUACUUAUGAUAGUUUGGACCGAGUCAGAAACAACGAGGCCACCCCUCUUCCUCAACCUGAAGGGUUUGAUUAUGGACCGGAAUUCAAUAAGUGGGUAACUGGUUAUAUGAGCCACGUCAUUACCAACGAUGGUAUCAAGUUGCCAAAGGAAAAUCGCCUCAAUGAUAUCUUCCCUGAUAUUCAUCCAAUUUCCAUGAAAGAAUUUUUGAUCAAGGCUUGGAAGCGUGAUUGA